GCCGAACAGCCGCAGGGACACUAUAAAGAAAAGUGUUGAAACCGCCAUACUCUGUACUUUUUCUUUCACUCUCCGCUACAGCUUAUGGACAUGACCAACCCAUUCAGUGUCUGGUACGACAACCCCUCCCACCAAGGUGUACGGGGCUCAAACUACGAUGAGCCGCCUCCAUCUGUCUUUGGCGCACUCCCAGUGUUUUCUCCGAACGCGACCAACUCCCCAAUGCUGACCUAUACCUUUACUUCGUUCAACCCAUCGAUCUUGAACUGCACGAUUCUUGGACCCGGCAACACGCCGUCCUUCAACGUUUUCACCGACCCAGCCAUGCCCGGCUACACCAUAUUCAAGACCCCCGACGGAAAGAGCUUCGGUCUCCUCGAAUGGAGUCAGGCUUCCAAAGUCGAAAUUAGGGGAGCGGUGGCUAAGCAGUUAGCUUCCCAAUUUCUCAGGCGUUCCACCGACUGCAGGUUCCGAGUGAUGCAAGUUGGGGGGCAGGAUUAUAUGCUGCUAUCAGGCCCCCAGGGAACUGUUACGCUCUAUCCCGCAGGCGUAAAUGCUAAUAACAACUCCCGGGUUGCACAGAUCAAGUGCAGAGGACCAAAUGUCGUCCUUGAGAUAGAUCAAAAUGUCGCUCGAGCAGGGUUCCUCCAUGCUUGCAUUGUGGCCACCGUCCUUCUCUACAGUGGACAUACUAUCUAA